UCUUGAAAUAUUGUUCUGUGAUUCCUCCUCUCAAGAAACAAAAAUUUACAAGGACAACUGUGCUAUUGCAGGCAAGUUGAAAGCUUUAAUGUAUCAUGGAAUACGGUUUGAAUAAAAUGUUGCAAGCUAAGAAUGAGGGCAGCAUAAGGAACGAGGUAGCUGAAUCUGUUCAACUUGACACUAACACAGUGGAUGAACAGAAACAGCAACCAGGUUCCUUAGUGGACAUCAUACAAGUCAACAGAGCUGAUUCCAAAUUUGUUAGUGAUGUGGCACAGAAUGCAGCUCCUGCAGAUAUUGCUCAUGGUGAUGUAAAUAUGGAGGCUUCCAUCAGAGCUGAUGAUGUUCUGCGGGCUGGAGGCUUUGGAGCUAGGGAUGAUAUAAGCAGUUUUCUUCCAGUAGCAAGCGACUCCACCGAUUUUGAAGCCUCUCUUCGUGAUGCUCGAGAUUAUGAAGAACCACAGGAAGAAAUUUGCAGACCAGGCCUUGGCUGGAUGGGAGCUACAAAGUAGAAGUCUGCUGGGCUCUAUGAAGUAACAGUCUGCUGUGGGAUCUAGUCUGGUACUACUUUCUUCUUAACUACAAGUCAUGUUAUUAUCUAGAACUAUUGGAUUUUUAAUCUAUGGAGGGUCUGUUGAAUUAAUCGAGCAAUUUCAAAUGUUAGUUCUGACUGGUGUACUCAAGCAUUGAAUUGUAUUACUCUUGUGUGCAUGGGACCGUCAUGAAG